GGGUGGGUCGGUCACGUGACUUCACACAGCCAAUCCGCAACUGUAAAUAUCUAAAGCGCUGAAGCUAGCACACAACCGAGACAUGGAACGUAUUAAACUAUGAUUUUUACUCUUCUAUUCCGUUGGAGAAGAUAACUUUGGACCUACUGCUGAUAUUUUACCCAUCACGACAUGAAGUAAACCCAGUGCGUCACCUCUGUUCUUAAAAGGGCUCGUUUGUUUUGAUAAUAUUCGUGGUGACAGUAGUUAGCACUCACUAUUAGCAUCACGGGCUAACACACCAGCCGUGAGCUAGUAGCGCCUGUCAGUCCGAGGCGUUUCUGUGACUAUGCAAGGGGAAACGGCGGCGGCUGUACGAAUCACGGAAAACGAAGGCAAACUCGAUGCGUUCCCCCAGGUCAGGACCCCAAAUCCGGGGAGAUCCAACGCCAAGAACUGGCAGUACAGUGAUCACAUGGAGAAUAUUGAUGGAUACUUGAUGAAGUACACCAACCUAGUGACGGGCUGGCAGUACAGGUUCUUCGUGUUGAACAAUGAGGCCGGUCUGCUCGAGUACUUCGUCAAUGAACAGUCUCGACCACAGAAGCCACGGGGCAUGCUCCCAUUGGCUGGAGCCGUCAUCUCCCCUAGCGAUGAAGACUCCCACACCUUCACCGUCAACGCCAUCAGCGGAGAGCAGUACAAGCUAAGAGCCACUGAUGCCAAAGAGAGACAGCAUUGGGUGAGCCGGCUACAGAUCUGUACGCAACACCACACAGAAGCCAUGGGGAAGAGUAACCCUCCUCCGAAGUCGCGCAGUUACUCCAUGGCGUCUCAGGGCAGUGGCAGCUCUCCCAUGUCCAUGAGGAGGCCCAGCCAGAACCCCUCCUCCUCCAUGUUCCAAUGGUCCCAAGCCAAAGGCUCCACCCUCUACUCCAGUAAGAGGUCCCUACUCCCAGAUCACCUGCUUGAUGCCAAGGAGAUGAUGAGCCAAGCGCAUGGGCAGCACAGGGACCUUCUGGAGGGCAUUGAGGCUCUGCCCACAUCCCCAGGACUCUCCCCUCUGGACCAGGACCUGCUCAUGCUCAAAGCCACCUCCAUGGCCACCAUGAGCUGCCUCAACGACUGCCUGCACAUCCUGCACCUGCAGCAGCUGGCCCGCCACAGAGGGGCGCUCGGAGGGCCCACAAUCGACUGGCUGGAGCCCAAACUGCCCGACCUUCUGAAGAACGGAGGCAGCUUCCCCCCCGCUGAGGGUCCACUGGAGGGGGAGAGAGCGGAGCUGAGCGUGCCCGAGACCACCUGCUUCUCACCGGAGCAGGAGGAGAUGGACCCCGAGGAUGAGGUGGAGGACACGUUUACAGACACAGAGGAGGACCUGGGGGCUGUGGAGGAGGAGCGCAGCAUCAUCCUGCACCUGCUGUCCCAACUCAAGCUGGGCAUGGACCUAACACGGGUGGUGCUGCCCACCUUCAUCCUGGAGAAGCGCUCUCUGCUGGAGAUGUACGCAGACUUUAUGUCCCACCCAGACCUGUUUGUGUCCAUCGCCGACGGCAACAGCCCCGAGGAUCGCAUGGUGCGCUUCGUCCAGUACUACCUCACCUCCUUCCACGAGGGACGCAAGGGGGCCAUCGCCAAGAAGCCCUACAACCCCAUCAUUGGAGAGACAUUCCACUGCUCCUGGAGGGUGCCCAAGAGACCCCCGUCCUCCCAGUCGUCCCAGUCGUCCCAGUCGUCGCAGUGUGAGCCUGGGCCAGAUGGGGCGUACACGGUGCGCUUUGUGGCUGAGCAGGUGUCCCAUCACCCCCCUGUGUCUGGCUUCUACGCUGAGUGUCCAGAGAAGAAGAUGUGCGUCAACACCCACGUGUGGACCAAGAGCAAGUUCAUGGGCAUGUCCAUCGGGGUGUCCAUGAUCGGAGAAGGUUGUCUCCACCUGCUGGAACACGAGGAGGAGUAUACAUUCACCCUGCCCUGUGCCUACGCCCGCUCUAUCCUUACCGUGCCCUGGGUGGAGCUCGGAGGGAAGGUCAACAUCAACUGCUCCAAGACGGGCUACUCGGCCAUCAUCACCUUCCAGACCAAGCCCUUCUACGGGGGCAAGCUGCACAAAGUGACGGCGGAGGUGAAGCACAACUCCACAAACGCCGUGGCUUGCCGGGUGCAGGGCGAGUGGAACGGCUCUCUGGAGUUCAGUUACCCGAGCGGGGAUACGCGCGUGGUGGACGUGACCCGGCUGCCUGUGAGCAAGAAACUGGUCAGGCCCAUCGACAAGCAGGCCCCCACCGAGUCCAGGCGGUUGUGGCAGCACGUAACUGAAGCCCUAAGACAGAAGGACAUUGACAAAGCCACAGAACACAAGAGGAUCCUGGAGGAGCGGCAGAGGACGGAGGAGAGGCAUCGCGCAGACACCCAAACCCCAUGGAGGACCAGAUACUUCGAGAAAGAGGGUGAAGGCUGGGUCUACCACAAACCACUUUGGAAAAACUCCUCUGUCAAAUCCUAGUCUCUCCGAUUGUUACUCUGAACAUCCAUGCUGUGGACUGAGAUGGAGAGGAGGAGUUUGAGAGCGCACACGUUUGGAAUGCACUGACUGACCCUGAACGCAGCACGCCGCGGGAGGGAGGAGCAGAGCAGAGGUGGCGCCACCCAUGACCGCUCUCCCCCUCCCCUACGGGCUUUUGUACUUUUCUAACCUUCGGUGAGGAGCUGGUGGACCCAACCCAGCUGCCUUAAGAUCUGCUCCCAAUGAUGUCUGCUCCUCACAUCCUCUGUUUUCAUUUCUACUCUGGUCAUUCAUACAAUUACACAACUACUCAGAUUGUCUACCGGUUUACUUACAUGUUUUUAAUGUGUACAAUUCAGUUAAAACUCAUUCUAUCCAACAUAUUGUAAAAUAAAGACUAAAUACAAGGAUUUGCUAGUCCAGAUUUUAAAGAUACACUGUAACUUUUCUGGUGAAGAGUCCGCCACCUGCUUGUAAUCUCCAUGGAGAUGUUAUUGCUGUGCCUAGAAUUUUACACACUAUAGCGUUAAGCUUAUCCAUCUUGCAUUUAGUCCAUUACAAGUGUUUCCGUGGCUAUAUAUGACCUAAAACAAAGCAUUCUCAUUGUGAGUGGGAUCGCCUUUCACCAGAUCUGACUUGUAACUUGAUCUGGUGGCAGACAUCCAUCAGAAAAGUUGCAUUGUGUAGCUUUAAACUUGCUGAAACUCUAUGGCAGGUAGCCCCAAGGCAGCUGUUUAGUUUAAUCACUACUUCAAUUACUCCAAAUCAGUGCGUUUACAGUGUAUCCCCUUUUGUGCAAUAGCCAGUGGUGGAAGAAGUAUUCCAUUUGAUUAUAUAAGUAAAGGUACAGAUACAGGAGCAAAAAAUGUGCUCAAGUAAAAGUUUUGCAUAUAAAAAUGUUACUUUUUUCUAAGUGUAAUGAGCCAACUAAGCAAUUUUAGGUGGUCUCAAACUAUGAAGAUAUCAUUUUAUUCCGGUUAGAACAUGUAGUGGAGUAGAAAGUACAUGCUUGCUGAUGUCGUAAAGUAAAAGUACAGUAAGUAUACAGUGUAAAAUUUACUUAAAGGUACCAUCUAUAAGUACCCCUUCCCUCAUGCCCUCCUCUCACCUUCAGACUCACCUGUACUCUCUGGUCUCUCUUCAGUCAGGCCAAAGAUGGCACACUAUCAGACAGAAGUAACGUAGACGGCCUCUAGUGGUGUUAUGUGAGAUUACAACGGGGCGGGGUCAGCUAAUCUAACUUCAGAUGGUAGCUUUAAGUACAUUAUUUAGGUAUCUGUACUACAUGACUGCAGUACUUUUUUUUUCUCUUGUACUUUACGUUACUUUCCACCACUGGGAGUGACAGGUUGUGAAUCUAAACUAAAAUGGAUGAAUGAAUGAAAUGCAUUGCGAUGUGUUGUUUUAAAUCAAGAUUUACUUCCCCAACUCAAAAUUUUAACUUGUAACUGAAUAUUUAGUGGCAUGUUGGACCCAAGUACUAAAUCACUAACUGGAAGAAAUGUUUUAAAUGCAUGAAUUGAAUUUCUCAAACAAAAGCUCUUAACCAAAUACUCACUUCACAUUUGUGUAUUAUCGUGUGUUCCAUUCCCUCUGCUUUAAUUUUUUUUAGAGCAGUUUUGUAGAUAGAAGAAUGUGGGGCUGUGGCAGUGUUUCACCUCAUACUGUGAUCUGUACAUGUGUAACACUUUUCCUAAGCAGCAGGUGGAGCCCUCCCUGCCCAGGUGCCUUAAUGUCGCGCUCUCUGCGGACCCCAGUACACGGCCCUUGUAUAUUAUCGUGUGUGUGGUUUUGCUGUAGUGCUGGUGAGGCGUUUGAGGACGUGGGAUUUCUCAGUUUGGGAUUGACUGGUUCUAUUGCUGAUCUCUGAAUGCACUGACGCUGAAGGAAAGCUGAUGUAAACAUGAAUCUUGUGUGAAAAUAUUGAAAUAAAUGGCAUAUCACUUGUA